AUACAAUAAACGCUAGGAAUGAUACUAAAGCAAGAAAACUGAAAUAGACUUUUUUACAUCUCUUUUUUUAGAAACACUCCAUGGCAAAAUCAGCUAUUGAUGUACUGAAUGGUCUCCAGCUUGCCACACUUACCAAUCUCCGUGACAAGGUUACACUGCAGACCCCAACAGUUUCCAUAUACCUGAACAGUGUGAACUCCUCAGAGAUUGGUCAACAAGUUCUGUCUUUUCCUAUUCCAGUGGCAGAAUUCAUACUCCCAUCUCAAUCUGCGCUGCAGUCAGUAGUACAGUCUGUCUCAUCUGUCCAAAUUCAGAUGAUGAGUUUUCCGCAGAACCCGUUUACUAUAGACUCUUCAGUCAAUAUCUCCGGGACCGUGGCAAGUUUGACAGUCCUGAAUAGAAGCCAAGAGCUUUCCGUGCACAACCUGUCAGAUGACGUUCAGAUCUUUCUCCCCCAAAGUUCUGCAAACACCCCAACUUCCAUCCAGACCUCAGCUGAUAUGGCUCUACAGCUGUCCCUGGAGGCCCCGCCUGCAGGAAGAACCUUGGUCAUCAUUGUCUCUGCUGAUCAGGGUGUAGGACUAGACCUGUACCAUGGACUGAAAUGUGUGUCCCAAGCACAUCUGACAAGGCAGAGUGGUGAAGACUUCCACACGUGGAUUUUGACCCCGGACGUGUUCCCUGACCCAACAGUUCAACAGACAUUUCUCGUGUCCCCUCCUAACACCACUGAGACACAGAACUUACAGCUGAGCGUCUCUGUAUUCACUGCAGAAUGUGCAUUCUGGGAUCCGGAGAUUCACAAGUGGCGAUCUGAUGGCUGCAGGGUGGGGCCUCAGACCACCCUAGAAAGGGUCCAUUGCCUCUGCAAACACCUGUCCUUCUUUGGAUCCUCGUUCCUGGUGCCCCCGGUGCAGAUUGACGUCACCCGCACAGCAGAGUAUUUCUCCCAGAUCUCAGAGAAUCCGGUCAUGGUGGUGCUAGUGGCCUGCUUUUAUGUCUGCUACAUACUCGCUGUCCUAUGGGCACGACGCUUGGACCUCAGGAACCAUGUGCAGGUAAGGGAAAUAAACCAGGGUAGCAUCUAUUGUAUACAAAGUAGCAAGUGUUUUUAUUAUGUCCUUCAUGUCAUCCAGAAAGUGCUGAUUAUUUUUGCUGUCCAAUUUUGUGUUGUUUACAAGCAAAACAAACAACUCUGCCUAGAUCAUAUAAAGUCCUUGGUGAAUAACAGUAUCAAACAAGAUGAAAGAUUAAACAAUGUAAAUAGCAAAAGUUGGGCCUAA